UCUAUUUAAAAAAAUGAAUGUAAAUUUAAAACAUUUACUUUUAUUAAUAUAUUUAAUAAAUAUCAUUAUAAUUUUAUAAAAAAAAUAAAAUCCUUAGAUUCGUCGUAUAUAUAUAAAUAAAUAAAUAUAUAUAUAUAUAUAUAUAUAUAUAUAAAUAUAUAUUUAUAUGUUAAUAAAUAGAUCUUAUUGAAUAAUAAUAAGAAUAAAAAGUUAUUAAAUGUCAUUUUUCAUGUCUAGAUUGUGUAUCGGAAGAAUAUUCAUCUUGUACAUCAUGCUCUGAUAGUCGUUUACUACAUGAAAUAUAAAACGGUAUCGGAGAAUGUAUAUGUUAUCCUAAUUUAAUUGAAAUAGGUGAAAACGAAUGCAGUGAUGAUAAAAAAUACUUAAAUUUUAUAAUAAUUUUAAAAUCUUUUUACACAUCUUCUGUAGGAAUAAAUUUAUUUAUUUCUAGUAUAUCUUUUAACCCUUUAUUUUAUUUAGGUUUAUCUGAAUUUACAUAAAGUAUAAGUCAUUUAAAUUAUAUAAAUUAAAAAAGCUUAUUAAAUUUUGACUCAGUAUGUAAUCUUUUUUAGUAUAUUCAUAUAGCUAAAUUAUAUCAACCAAAUGCGCCUAAUACGAAAAAAUAUCUUUACGAUCUAAAAGAGAAAAAAGUGGAGUUUUAGAAAAAUAAUAAGGCAGUUUAAGUGGAUAAAAAAGGAAAUUAGAAAUUGUUUUUAAAUGAUUAUAUCGAAUAGUUUCUUAAUAAUGGAUUUUUAGUGAUUAUUUUUAUCACUGGGGGGUGGAUUUUUGCUUAUUUGGGAAAUUUUACAAGUUUUUAUAAGAAAUAUUUACAGAUUUCAGUAUGUUUAGGUGUUCUCUUUUGUAUGGGAUAGGAAUUAUGUCUUUUGGGGUUUUUUUAGUUUUUUUAUUUUGAUUUUGGAAGUCUUUUGAAUGUUUUUUCGUGCCUUUUUGCGGUCUUUGUACUAAUUUAUUUUGUGGUUUUUGUGUUUUUUUUGUGGAGAAAUUUGGUUAAAAAAAAAGUGCUUUUUUUAGACGGAAAUCUAAGGAAGAAGAUUUUGUAAAAAAAAAAAGAAAAAAAAAUACACAAGCGAAACAAAAAUGAAUAAAAAGAAUAUAAUCAUGUAGAAAAUAAUAGCCCAUGUAUGAAUAAGCCGGCCUCUACGCAACUUUAAAUGGAAAAUACUUCCAUAAAAUAAGAAUAUUAUCUAGAUUAGGCAGUCAAAAUGAGAAAAAAAGAAAAAAAAAAGUUUGAAUUUCCAUUAAAUGAUGGCUUAGUGGUUGGUUAGAUGGAUAAUAAAAUUUUAAGUAUAGAAUAAUGGCUGGAUAUUAAUAAUAUAAAGAAACAAAUAAUGAAUAAGUAAGAAAAAGAAGAUGAAAAUAGGAUCUAAGUGUAUAAUUAUUAUAAAAAUCUAUACUAUAUCAUAUACUUGUACUUGAAUUAAAAUAGUAAAAUGUAAAGGGGAUUUUUAAUUGUUUUGUUUAUAAAAAAAUGUAUUAUUUCAAGUAUUAGUAUUUUCAUAUAUAAGCAAAGUUAAGUUCAAAUAAUAUUAAUGAGUUCAGUUAAUUUCUGUUUUUUUUGUUAUGUUUUUUUAAGUAAACCUUUUUUGUAAAAAAAAGCGAAUUUUAUUUAUACUUUAUAAGAAUUUAUAAGCUUAAAUAUACAUAUUUUAUACAUUGUUAUUUGUUAUGAGAAAAAAAAAGAAAUUUAAAUAGAUUUAAUGUGUUUUUUAGUAUAUAGUUUAAUUUUUGUUUAUUUUUUUUAUAUGGCGUUAGGGUUAGGGGGAGUAGGCGUGUUUAUUUUAGAUUUUGCAUAAGAUGGGAAAUAAAAAAAAGAUAAAUUGGAAUAGGAAUAAGAAGGAAAAGUUUAAGAUUAGGAAGAAUUCGAUUAUUUAAAAAAAGAAAAUAUUAAUAAUUUAAAUGGAGUUUAAAAAAUAAUAAAAAAUUUGGAAAUUGAUUAUGGAUAUAAUAAUGAUUAAAAAUAACAUUAAAAUGAUAUGACGGAUAGUUAGUAGUUAUAAAAAGAAAUAGAUAAUAAAAAUGGAAAAUAAUAAUAAUAAUAGUAUACGGAAUAAGGAGGAACUAGUAGAAGAUUGUAGUAAGAUUUAAUAAAUUCAUAUAAUUUUAAUGGAAAAUAUAUAAAAAAUUAUAUAUUUUUAAAUAAUUAAUCUAAUUUUUAAAAUGAAUUUCUUUAGUAACACUUUGAAAAUUAAAGAGAUUCGGUAUAUAAUUAAUAAUAGAUAAACUAAGUUUAGAAUGUAAAAAGUAUUAGAAAUAAAAAUAAUUAAAUUAAAUAAAAUAAUAAUAAUAAAGAUUAAAAUAAUAUAAGUAAUGAAAGUUAUAUAUAAGAAUAAAAAUAUAAUUAGUAAUAACAAAUAAAAUAAGAAAAAUAAAGAAUAUAAUAAUAAUAAUAAUAAUUAUUAUAAUUAUAAUAAUUAUAAUAAUUAUAAAAAUAAUUAUUAAGUAUCAGUGCGUAAAAGAAAUAAGAAGAAAAUAAGGAAAUUAAAAAUUUAAGUAAUAAAGAUUAAUAAAUUUAUAUAAAGUCAAAAUUAAGAAAAAAAAAAAGAUAAAAACAAUGAUAAUAAAAAUUAUAUAUAAAUAUAAAAUUAUUAUAAAAAAAAAAAUAUAUAUAUAUAUAUAUAAAUUAUAUUAAUAAUAUUAAUAUAUAUAUAUAUAUAUAUAUAUAUAUAUAUAUUUAUUUAUAUUAUUAUAUACACUUUUCAUAUAUAAGAUUAAAAUAUAUCUAAUGAACCGUCUUUAUUUCCUAAAUAAAGUUAAUUAUUUAUACCAUCUAUUAGUAAAGUAUUUGAUUUUUUAUUAUUAUUCCAAAAAAUAUAUUAGUUUUUUUAAUAAAUGUUUAUACCUUCUAUACCAUAAUUUGUUCCGUACAUAAGAUAAUUUAUUUAUGGAAAAAAGCAAAUACAAUUAGCCUUUUAUUAUUCACAAUUAUGCAUUUAUAAAGGCUUAUCGAGAUUUCUUUGGUCAUAAAAAUCUAUAGAAUCAUUAGAGCUAAAAAU